AUGCCGACCACGGAGAUCAUCACCAUCAUCAAUAACUCGGGAAAGGUCAUCAGCACCGGCAAGCAGCUGGUCAACAUCUUCAAGGAGGCCCAGGCUGCCUACCGCGACCGGAAGGAUGCCGCCAAGGCACAUCGCCGUUCGAUCCAGCGGGCCAACACGUUUGACGUGGCAUCGCGCAGCGAUCCGUACUACGACGAAUACUACUACGGCAGGUACCCCGAAUACAUCCACCAUGCGUACGACCGCCGAUCCCUCCGCGAUGCUUUCAGCCGCCGAAGGUCAUACGACGACGACGACGGCCGCUCGCACGCACUCUCCCGCUACAGCCGCCAGUCACGGCGGCCGCACCGGCCCCAGUCCUCAGAGCGGCCUCUCCCCGCGCUGACCGAGGGCAACCUCAAGACACACUCCGAGGUCUCCGGGUCAUCCCCGUCCAAGGCUUACCGGUCUCCAUACGCAGAGACGGCGCCGCGGGACAUGCAGCUUUCCCGGCCGACGCUUGCCCUCGGAGCCCCGCCGCCCGCCUCCGAGUCGGCUGGCCCUGUCGCAUCCGGCGCGCUUGUCCCCGGCCCGGGCCCCAACCUGCAGAAGCUCGUCCAACGCCCGCGCUCCGACCCGUCCCUAGCCAAGAAGAAAUCCAUCGACAUGGACCUCGCCUACGGCAACAUUCCGCCCGAUCUCGCCUUUCGCGUGGAUCUCGACCCCAACGCCGGAUCCCCGGAGCAGCAGCAACAAGACCCGCAAGAAGCGCAAGCCCUGACGCUAAUGGACCGCAUCGAAUCCUUCCUCGAAGAAGCGCAGUGCGUGCACCACACCGCUAGUACCAUGAUCGAGCACCUGCAGCGCAACCCCGAGGCCGCCGCCGCCGUGGCGUUGAGCCUUGCUGAGCUGAGCACCCUGAUCGGCAAGAUGAGCCCGGCGUUUCUGGGGUUCUUGAAGGGAGGGAGCCCGGCCGUGUUUGCCCUGCUCGCUAGCCCACAGUUCCUGAUCGGUACCAGCAUUGCCGUCGGCGUGACGGUCGUCAUGUUUGGCGGGUGGAAGAUUGUCAAGCGCAUCGCUGCGGCCAAGACGCUCGAGGCGCCGUUUGAGAUGCGCGCGGCUGGUGUUGUUUCCGAGGCGCCGGCCGCGGAGAAGGUGGCGGCUCUCCCGCAUGCUGCUGCUGGGGCCACCAGUGCGGCCAGCUAUGACGAGGCGCUCGUGCUGAGGGAGGUGGAGGAGCUGAGCAGCAUUGAGACGUGGCGGCGCGGGAUCGUACCGUUUGGCGGCGACGAGGACCGGGAGUCGGCGGAUGUGGAGCUGAUGAGUCGUGAGGCGGAGCGGGCUCUCAGGGAGCGGUUCAACCGGGAUCUAGACGAGGUCGAGCCGUGCGAUUCUGUCUCGCAGGUCAGUCGUGCCAGGACGGAGCGGUCCAAGAAAUCGUACCGCAGUCAUCGGAGCGGUGCCAGUCGCAGGCAUCAUCACUCUCAUCGUGACCACCGAGAGGAGAAUGGGGAGAUUCCUGAGCGGAAAAGCAGUGCUGGCAGCAGCAGCAGCAAGAAGGACAGGGAUGGCGGCAAGAGCGAGGCGGCGAGCCAGAAGAGCCAUCGCAGCCACCGCAGCAGCCGGAGUCGUGGCCACCACCACCACCACCACGAGGGCAGCUCGGCGGUCUCGCGCUCGUCUUCCAAGCAUACGGCCAGGAUUGACCUCAAGGCGAUUGAGGAAGGGGAUGGUGGUGGCGAUGAGUCGUCGUCGGGCAGCGGGACGGGCAAGCCGAAGGAGAAGAAGAGGGACAUGAUCAAGCAGCUGUUCAAGAUGAAGAAGGACAAGGAGGACCGGGAGAAUGCUGUAUCGGUUUUGGUGUGA